UCCAGCCAAAAAGCACCACACCCCAACUCAGCUUUCACAAAAGAAAAACUUUCACCGACUCGUAUUCUUGUUUCAACAAAUCCAGCUACUACUACGGAGAAUUAUACUACUAUUUGGGAAAGGGAAGGAGAGAUUCAGAGUGACAGACUAGAGAGAAACCAAAAGGGAAUAGAUGUAUACGGAGUAUUAUAUACGUAGAGAGAGAGAGAGAGUAGAUUUCCAGAAUAAUAAUAUUGUAAACAAAAUCAAGUACCUUUUUUUUUUUUUUUUUUUUUCUCAUCAGAGCGUAUUAGUACAAUGAUCCCUCACGGACUGCUACAAAACAAACAUGUGUCUAAAAAUUGAAUGUUUCUCCCACACUUCUCUCUAUAUAGAAUGAGACUAUAUAUAACUAACAAAUCCCCUUACACCCUAAUAACCCAUUCUUUGUAACCAAUCCCAACCCAAGUUCCUAAGAACAAAAAAAAUGGCAUCAGCUCAAAACAGAGCAAAAAAACAGGGGAAUGCCCCUGUUUCCCUCUGCUUCCACAUUGCGAUCUUGGUUCUCCUACAUUUCUCGACCCGGGUUUCUGCCCAAUCGAAGGCCGUCUUCGCCUGCGACGUGAAAUCGAACCCGGGCCUGGCGAAUUACUCAUUCUGCGAUCCGGCGCUGCCAGCGGGGAAGCGGGUGGCGGAUUUGGUGAAGCGGCUGACGCUGGAGGAGAAAAUCGGGUUCCUGGGGGACUCAGCUGGGAGUGUGAGCAGACUGGGGAUACCAAAAUACGAGUGGUGGUCUGAGGCUUUACAUGGGGUGUCCUAUGUGGGCCCCGGGACCAAGUUCUCGAGCGUAGUCCCUGGUGCUACGAGUUUCCCUCAGGUUAUUCUCACUGCGGCUUCUUUCAAUGUCACUCUGUUUGAAACCAUUGGAAAGGUGGUUUCAACUGAGGCAAGAGCAAUGUACAAUGUUGGAUUGGCUGGUUUAACGUUUUGGUCACCAAAUAUCAACAUCGUCCGAGACCCAAGAUGGGGGAGAAUCCAAGAAACCCCGGGCGAAGACCCCAUACUCACGAGCAAAUAUGCGUCGGCUUACGUGAGAGGACUUCAACAGAGAGACGAUGGCGACAAAGACCGGCUUAAGGUUGCCUCAUGCUGCAAACACUACACGGCCUACGAUCUUGACAACUGGAAAGGAGUUGAUCGCACUCGCUUCAAUGCCGUGGUGACACAGCAAGAUUUGGAUGACACAUUCCAGCCCCCAUUCAAGAGCUGUGUUCUUGAUGGGAAUGUUGCAAGUGUCAUGUGUUCCUACAACCAAGUUAAUGGAAAACCCACAUGCGCCGACCCGGAUCUCCUGUCGGGUGUAAUUCGGGGCGAAUGGAAACUAAACGGGUACAUAGUUUCUGAUUGUGAUUCAGUAGAUGUCUUUUAUAAUCAACAACACUACACAAAAACACCAGAGGAGGCUGCAGCCAAGGCUAUAUUGGCAGGGCUGGACCUCGACUGCGGAUCUUUCCUAGGCCAACACACGGGAGCUGCAGUAAAAGCCGGUCUAGUCAACGAAUCGGCCAUCGACAGAGCUGUUACAAACAAUUUCGCCACACUGAUGAGGCUCGGGUUCUUUGACGGCGACCCGAGCAAGCAAUUAUACGGGAAGCUCGGGCCGAGCGAUGUGUGCACCGCGGCAAGCCAGGAGCUGGCCCGUGAGGCUGCGAGGCAAGGGAUUGUGCUGCUUAAAAACAGUAAAGGAUCACUUCCCCUGUCUCCUACAGGGAUCAAGUCACUGGCUGUUAUUGGACCCAAUGCUAAUGUCACAAAGACCAUGAUUGGCAACUAUGAAGGAAAUCCAUGCAAGUACACAACUCCUUUACAAGGCCUAACAGCCUCAGCAGCAACCACCUACGCUCCCGGUUGCGCCAACGUGGCCUGCACCGCGGCCCAACUUGACGAUGCCAAGAAAAUUGCGGCGGCAGCAGACGCCACCAUCCUUAUAAUGGGCGCAGACCUGUCCAUAGAAGCCGAGAGCCGCGACAGGAUCGAUCUUACCCUUCCUGGGCAACAACAACUUUUGGUAACACAAGUUGCCAAUGUUUCCAAGGGGCCUGUAAUCCUUGUGAUCAUGUCCGCAGGGGGAAUGGACGUGCAGUUUGCUAAAGAUGAUUCGAAGAUUACGAGUAUUCUUUGGGUUGGGUACCCCGGGGAAGCCGGUGGUGCCGCCAUUGCUGAUGUCAUUUUCGGGUAUUACAAUCCAAGUGGGAGGCUACCAAUUUCAUGGUACCCACAAGCAUACACAAAAAUCCCAAUGACAAACAUGAACAUGAGACCGGACCCUGCAACAGGCUACCCGGGAAGAACCUAUCGGUUCUACACCGGUCCAACCGUUUACACAUUCGGGGACGGACUCAGCUACUCUACAUUCUACCACCGACUAGCCCAAGCUGCCCCUAACCAAGUAUCAAUCCCCUUGGAAGAAGGCCACGUUUGCCAUUCCUCGAAAUGCAAGUCCAUCGACGUUGUACAACAGAGUUGCCAGAACUUGGUUUUCGACGUCCAUUUGAGAGUUAAAAAUAUUGGGAAAAUAAGAGGAAGUGACACGGUCUUCUUGUCGUCGAGCCCUCCUUCGGUCCACAAUUCACCUCAGAAGCACUUGUUGGGUUUUGAGAAGGUGUUUUUGGAACCCCAAACAGAAGGGAUGGUGAGGUUCAAGGUGGAUGUCUGCAAGGAUUUGAGCUUGGCUGAUGAGGUUGGGGUUAGAAAGGUUGCUUUGGGACAACAUGUGAUUUAUGUGGGUAGCUUGAAGCACUCCUUGAAUGUGAGGAUAUGAACUGGAAAAAGGGCCAUUGUUAUGAUUUUUCUUCUUCUUUUUCUUUCUGAAAUCUGAAAGAAAGAAAAAGCAAGGGAAGACAGGAUUGAAAUCAAGCUUUAAAUAAAUACAAAAGAAAGUGUUAACAGAA